AUGGAUUUCUGCUUCCUUUUCCUCAUCAUCAUCCUGACCACAUCAUUAUCAUCUUGUUCCCCCACGGAGGGUCAGAUUAUGGACAAAAUUCUCACCAAGUACGACAAACUCACCCGUCCCGUGACCAAACCCGAGGUCACGAUGCCCAUCGACAUCGGGCUGGUUCUCCUCCAAAUAAUCGACGUGGACGAAAAACAUCAAAUUCUAACUAUAAACACAUGGCUGCGUACUUAUUGGACUGACAUCGCCCUCGUUUGGGACCCAUUACAGUACGAAAAUAUUACCGUAGUCCGCCUGCCAGCAAAUCGUGUCUGGAGCCCUGACAUCCUCCUCCACUACACCGCGGAUGAGGACAUUUUUCAGUCAAUCCGAUUUCGGAGUGAGGUGAACGUUUACAUCGAACAUAACGGACGUGUUGUCUUCGUGCCUCCCAUGGUUAUCAAAUCUGCCUGCAAAAUAGAUGUGACGUGGUUUCCCUUCGACAUACAGAGUUGUCAAGUCCAAUUUGGAAGUUGGACGUAUUCAGUGGAGGAAAUUGAUCUCAGGAUUAUCAACAAUACCUCGGAAGCAGCGGACACGUCGGAAUAUACGGAGAAUGGGAAGUGGAAAUUGGUUGAAUUUACGGUUAAAAGGCGAAGGAUUUUGUACUACUGGUACAACCUGAUCGUUCCGGCGGGACUGAUAGGAUUUCUCGCCAUACUUGGGUUCACACUUCCGCCCGAUUCCACCGAAAAAUUGUCGCUCGGUGUCACCGUCUUGUUUUCCUUGAUUGUCUUCAUCAACGUCAUCUCUGAAUCCAUGCCGUCCACAUCGGACGGAAUCCCGUUGUUAGGAACGUACUUUAAUUGUGUCAUGUUCGCCAUUGCAUCCUCCGUUGUGAGCACGAUUAUUGUCAAUCUACGCAUCAGGGGAGAAUAUGGGCCUAAAAGUAUUGGGGACAAAACUAAAAUCUUGCUAUUCCACUGGUUGCCAUGGUUACUAAGGAUGAAUGUACCGAAAAAUGUUCAUGUCAGGAUUGGAAAGCUGGGGAAAGAUAGUGGAUUACGUACCGCCGCUAGAAACAGGGUAGAUCUUGAUGAAAAUAAAAUUCCCCAACCGGAAAUAAUUGGCUUAAAUGAACAAUGGAUGUUUGCGGCGGUCGUGGUAGAAAGAUUUUGUUUCGUCAUAUCCAUUUUGUUCGCAUUAGUUUCUACAGUUAUCUUAAUUAUCUCAUCUUGCAGUGAUUAG